CGCGGGUGAUGGUGCACUCUUCAUUGUCUUGCAUUGCUUCUAGCAAAAUACAACUCUUCAUCGACCUGAGGCAAUUGCAGGCACAACUGGCAGCUAGUCAUGCUCGUGUGGCAGAACUGGAAGCACAGGCUUCUCAAGAGGAGCACAAGACCUCAGAGAGCAAAGGGUAUGAGGAAUUUUUGCAGUUGGAGGCGCAGCUGUCAGCUGCUCACACUCGCGUGGCCGAGUUGGAAGCACAAUCUGCACAAGACAAACCUGUGGUGCUGGAGGAGCAACCCAACGGGAGCAAAGACAUGAAAGAGAUUACGCAAUUGCAGGCACAACUGGCAGCUAGUCAUGCUCGUGUGGCAGAACUGGAAGCACAGGCUUCCCAAGAGGAGCACAAGACCUCAGAGAGCAAAGGGUAUGAGGAAUUUUUGCAGUUGGAGGCGCAGCUGUCAGCUGCUCACACUCGCGUGGCCGAGUUGGAAGCACAAUCUGCACAAACCCUGGAGGAACAGCCCGACACGAGCAAAGACAUGAACGAGAUUACGCAAUUGCAGGCACAACUGGCUGCUGCUCAUGCUCGUGUGGCUGAACUGGAAGCGCAGGCUGCUCAAGAUGAACCUUUGGGCUCCGAGGAGGGGUCGCCCCGUGCAACCAGCGAGGAGUUGGAGGAAAUCAUACUGCAAUUGCAGGCACAGCUGUCAGCUGCUCAUGCACGGGUCGAGCAGCUGGAAGCGCAAGCCAACCAAGGUCAACCUUGUCCUUUCCAGGAGCGGAACAAAGCGGUCAGCGAAGACUCGGAUGACCUUAUGCAAUUGCAGACAAAGCUGUCAGCCGCUAACACUCGCGUAGCCGAGUUGGAAGCGCAAGCUGCCCAAGACAACCCUUUGGCCCUUGAGGCUCGCGUUGUUGAGCUGGAGCACGAGCUGCACGAACUUCGUUCUCGGACAAAUGCUGAGCCUCCGCAGGAGAUACAGCCUUCGUUUGACCUUGCCAAGCCCAAAGGAGAGGAUGGAGGUGAUGACGGCUGGGAUGAUUUCAACUUCGGUGAUGUGCAGGUAAAGCCUUCGCUUGACCUUUCCAAGCCCAAAGGAGAGGAUGGAGGUGAUGACGGCUGGGAUGAUUUCAACUUCGGUGAUGUGCAGGCGAGUUCCUCUGCUCCGUCUGUGCCGGAAGUGUCCAUGAUCUCCACUGAGCGUGCGGCCUCAGAAAGCAAAGAGUCUGAGGAGAUUAUGCCACUUGCUGAGGCAGUUGCAGGCGAAGCUGUCAGCUGCUCACACUCGCGUGGCCGAGUUGGAAGCGCAAGCUGCACAAGACCAAUCAUUGGUUGUGGAGGAGCAGCCCAGCGGGAGCAAAGAGUUGGAGGAGAUCCUGC